AGAGAGACGUUAUAACGUGUUAUUCUAUUUUUGUCGUUUGUUAGAUAUAUAGCAAGGAUAGAAUAAUGCGUUAGUAUAGCGUGCCCCUCAUUAUCUUUAUUUAUUGCGUCAUAUUGCAAUAGUGUAUACAAGACAUCCAGUGUUUUGUUGCAUUUUCAGUAACCUACAAAUUGUAAAAGUGCUGUGAUCUUGCAGAAUGAAUUUUAUGACUUUAUCUAUAUAAAUGUUUAUCUUUAUUAUUGCACAAAAUUGAUCAAGUGAAACUUAGAGGAUAUUUAUCAUAAUUCUUGGAUAUUAAAAAUAACAAAAAGAUAACAAAAAGACUGAUAUAUCUCUAAAGGAGUUAAUAUGGAAAUGGAAGUAAAGAUUCGAUCAUUUGUAUUCUUUGACUUGGAGACAACUGGUAUAUUUGAAGGAACUGUUGCACCUAAAAUUACAGAAAUGGCUUUGGUUGCUGUUGCCAGAGAGUCAAUACGUCAUAACGAACAGAAUUCCUUGCCAAGGAUCUUACAUAAAUUAAUACUUCCAAUUAAUCCACAGAAAACUAUACCAACGAGAAUACAAUAUAUGACAAAACUAUAUAAUGAUGAUAUGGAGCUACUGAAGCCUUUUGAAUUUGAAAUUUAUGAAUUAAUAGUGGCCUUUCUGAAUCGUCUUAGACCACCAAUUUGUUUUGUAGCACAUAAUGGUGAUAAAUUUGAUUUUCCAGUACUUUUAUCAGAGUUAAAAUGUAUAAAUAAGGUUCUUGAUGACACAAUUUUAUGUAUCGAUACAAUUAAGAUGUUCAAGGACUACUUCAAUAGAGAAAUAGUAAACAAUACUAAGUCAAAUGUAUAUGAGAGAGAAAUUGAUACAUUGCUUGAUGAUGGAUAUGAUGAGUCUUUAUAUGCAGUAUUAGACUCUGUGAUGAUGGAGAAAAAGACUGUAAACCGAAAUGUAGCUACAACAUCUUUGCAAAGGCUUCCUUAUGAAGAAAGAUUUAUUAAAGUUGUUAACAGUAAACAUGAUGUAAGUGAGGAGCAUAACAUUGUCGAUAAUAGUGUGCAAAACUGCAAAAAACAAGAAAAUGAGAAAACACCGACAAGUCAGAUAACGAAAAUAUCGCAAGAUCGUCCAUUCAAAAAGAAUAAUUAUAGAAGGAGAUUAAACUUUGAAUGCAAAAGGAAUCCCCUCAAUUUCAAACUUGCCAGUAUUUAUGAACAUAUGUUCAACUCAAGUUUUGAAGAUGCACAUUCUGCUGAAGCCGAUUGUCUUGCGAUGCUCCGUUGCGUAACUCAGAUCGCUGAUUACUUUCUUACGUGGUCAGAUAAUAAUGCAACUCCAUUCACCCACUGAAAACACAUAGCAAACUUUUUAAUCAAUUAUAGACAAAUCACAAAAAUGUCAAAAGAUAGAUAAUGCAGUAUAAUUGUUAUUUUUGUAUCUAUUUAAGAUACAAAAUGCAUGAAAUUGCAAGUGUUGUUAACUGAUUAUAGAUGUGAGUUAUGUAUUUUAACAAUAUUUUUAUGAUCCGUAUAACUUAGUUAAA